ACCACCUCAUGGCAAAUGGUGUAGAAACGCUGAAGCACGACAUUCUGUUUAUGAUUUCUGUUAAUGAUUGACGCUGCUGUUUAAAGCUAUUUUAUUGUCUGCUUUAUUUGUAUGAUAACAUAGUUGGGGAGGACAGGGGAGAAAGGGUGGACAGCUGCCUGUCUAGUAUUUGUCGCCUGUAGCUAGUUAUAGGUCUUCUUGAGGAAGCGCCGACAGACGGACAGCUGCGCGACUUCGCAUUUUCUAAUAAACAGCAGCACGAGCGAUGGCUUCGGCGUCGCAUUUCUUACUGUUUUUUUCAUAAGGUGGCGAAGUCGACAUUGUGAAGGUUUUAUUCUGUGCUAGUUUCGUGGUUGCCGGCAUGACAUAGCAGCUACGAGCAAGAGCCGCUUCGAUUAUGGGAACAUUCAGAUUUGAGGAACCCUGAUCCAAUUGGCUCCGGCACCGCCCUACCAGGUGACCCUACAGCGGGGGAGACGGGUAAGGAGACCCAGCCACAGCCUCCCCUGUCCAACAUUGCAUUGCACUGUGCCCACCUCCACCAUGUCCACCCCCAGCGGCAGCCCCGAGAGAGAGUGCUCCACAGGGGAACCCAACCAGCUGGAGUGUCCCCCUUCCUCUCCCCCUGGCAUGGACCAUUCCAUUGGAAGCCCCCUCCUCAGCCCGGACUCAUCUUGCCAAGAUGCCAUGCUCUCGGCCCCCGCCGCCUCCCCCGCCGACUCGGAGAGCCUGAGCCCUGACGAACUAGAGCUGCUGGCCAAGCUUGAGGAGCAGAACAGACUUUUGGAGGCGGACUCAAAGUCGAUGCGCUCGAUGAGCGGCUCGCGGCGGAACAGCGGCUCGUCCCUUGUGUCAAGCUCCUCUGCCUCGUCCAACCUGUCCCACCUGGAGGAGGACACCUGGAUCCUGUGGGGACGCAUCGUCAACGAGUGGGACGAAUGGAGACGCAAGAAGGACAAGCUGCUCAAGGAGCUGAUCCGCAAGGGCAUCCCACACCACUUCCGGGCCAUCGUGUGGCAGCUGCUUGGUAACGCCACAGACAUGCCAGUGAAGAACCAGUAUUCUGAGCUGCUCAAGAUGUCCUCGCCCUGCGAAAAGCUCAUCCGCCGGGACAUUGCCCGCACCUACCCCGAGCAUGAGUUCUUCAAGGGCCAGGACAGCCUGGGUCAGGAGGUGCUCUUCAACGUCAUGAAGGCGUAUUCUCUGGUGGACCGGGAGGUGGGCUACUGCCAGGGCAGUGCCUUCAUCGUGGGCCUGCUGCUCAUGCAGAUGCCAGAGGAGGAGGCGUUCUGUGUGUUUGUGCGUCUGAUGCAGGAGUACCGUCUGAGGGAGCUUUUCAAACCAACCAUGGCUGAACUAGGCCUCUGUAUCUACCAGUUUGAAUACCUGCUGCAGGAGCAGCUCCCGGAGCUGAACGUCCAUUUCCGUUCUCAGAGUUUCCACACCUCCAUGUACGCCUCCUCCUGGUUCCUCACUCUCUUCCUCACCUUCCUCCCCAUGCCCGUCGCCACACGCAUCUUUGAUAUCUUCAUGUACGAGGGUCUGGAGAUUAUAUUUCGUGUGGGCAUGGCCAUUCUGCAGUACAACCAGACUGACCUCAUCCAGCUGGACAUGGAGGGCAUGUCUCAGCACUUCCAGAAGGUGAUCCCCCACCAGUUUGACAGCUGCCCAGACAAGCUGAUCCUGAGGGCCUACCAGGUCAAAUACAACCCCAAGAGGAUGAAGAAGUUGGAGAAGGAGUACACCACAAUCAAGAACAAAGAGAUGGAGGAGCAGAUAGAGAUCAAGAGGUUACGCACAGAGAACAGGCUUCUGAAGCAGAGGAUUGAGACAUUGGAGAAGGAAAGUGCUGCUCUAGCAGACAGGCUGAUACAGGGUCAGGUGACGCGGGCGCAGGAGGCGGAGGAAAACUAUGUGAUCAAGCGGGAGCUGGCGGUGGUGAGGCAGCAGUUCAGCGUGACCAAUCAGAACCUGGAGAAAGCCCAGGACACCAUCGGAGAACUGCAGCGGGAGAAGUACACAGAGCAGUUUGUGACCGGUCUGCAGACACAGCUGGAGCAGUCCCGGCUGCAGGAGGCAGAGCUACUGGGAGCCCUCAAAGAGAUGCAGGACAAAGUACUGGACCUAGAGAAGAGGAGCAGCUCUCUGCCUGAUGAGAACAACGUGGCCCAGCUGCAGGAUGAGCUGAAGCUGGUGAAGCUCCGAGAGCUGGAGACACUGCACUCCUUCAGAGAGAUGCAGGACACGGUGACCGAGCUCAACCAGCGCUGGCAGCUCCACAUGUCAAAAGGCGGCGGGGGUGGAGGUCACUGGAAGGAAUCCCCCAAGAAGAACGCCCUGAACGAGCUGCAGGACAAGCUGAUGGGGGUGCGUCUGAGAGAGGCCCAGGCCCAGGCUGAACUCAGGGAGGUCAAACUCCAAGCCAUACAGCUGGAGAGCCAGAACCAGAUUCACAGCAAGCUGAUUGGGCGCCAUGAGGUGGAGAGCGCCUCCAUGCAGGAGAGGCUGCAGCAGCUGGCGGGCCAGAACAAGGGGCUACAGGCCCAGCUCACAGAGAUGAAGAGGAAACAGGCCGAGCUCGACUGCAAGAGUAAAGAGGAGGUGAUGGCGGUGCGCUUGCGGGAGGCUGACACCAUGGCCGCCAUGGCUGAGCUCAGACAGAAGAUGGCUGAGCUGGAGAUACAGAAGGAGGAGGGUCUGAUCCAGGGCCAGCUGAACCACUCUGACUCCAGGCAGUAUAUCACCCAGCUUCGAGACCAGAUCGGAGAGCUCAAGAACGAGAUCAGGCAGCUCCGCGGGCAGCGCUCCAAGUUCGCCCCUAGUUCCCGGGACGGGGGCGGGGGCUACCCGGAUCUGUGUCUAGCUAGCCCCUCGUCGGCCGGAGGCGACUACCUGAGCUCGGAUGAGGACCUUCUCCCCAGCCCUAUCCCCCCCAACGCCAUGUACCCCGCACUGCCCCACCCCUCGGCCAGGCUGGACAGCGAGGGCAGCACCGACAGCGAAGCAGAGGCCCACCCGGACCACCCCCACCACGGCCCCUCGCAGCAGCUCUACACUAGCAUGGUGUGUGCUGAGGUUCUGGACAACUGAGCCAUGGAGGUCCCUGGAACUCCCUGGUCCUGACCUAGACUACUAAAGAUACUGUACUCUGCAUCUCUUCAGUAUUAGAGAUGCUGUACUCGCCCCAACUUUACUGUACUACUGUUCUCACCCUAAACUAAUACUCUAACCUGUAACGGACAUCCUCCCCUCCUUCGUGUUGGUGCCAUGGUCUCUCCUCUUUUUGUCAUUCUCUUCUCCACCUCCCCCUUUUACUUCUCUCUUUACUCCUAUCUCUCUUCACUUAUCCCUCUCUUUAUCUCCCUCAAUCUCUUUCUCCUCUCCGCACAGAAAGCCGAGAAAAUCAAAAGGAUUUAAAAUUGACAACAACAAAAAACCUUUCAACUUUCAAUACUCCAACCAUACCACACAGCAGUGACUAUGAGAUGCACAGGACAUCGCUUUGAUGAAAUGAUUCCCCUCAAGUUUGGAAGGACUUCAAUAUGGACUUGGGAUCGGUAAAAGAUGAGAUGGAUGGAUGACUUGUUGGGCUUGACCCUGGUCGUACUGUACUGUCCCAUGAGCGAGAUGUGGAACAUGCUGUCUCCCUCCAUCUCUUUCUCUUUCCUCCUCCUUUUCUUUCUCUCUCUCCAUCUCUCUCUUUCUGUCAUUCCAUCAUUCCAAGAAGACCCAUUGGCCACCUGCACUGCCUGUUUACAAUGGAAACAACCCUCCACUGUAACCUCACAAUGCACACUUCAAAAAAAAUGAGAGGGAAGGAAGGAAGGAAGGAUAGAGGUAGGAAAAGAGGAGUAUGGUAUGGACUUGUACACAUCAAUAUCAUAGGGAUGUUACUAGAUGACAUCACAUGCAUAGAUCAAUAUUAACAAUUGACCUUACUGAAAUAUGUAUGUUGUGUGUGUCUCAAUGCCUUGUCGCAAUGCCAAAUGAAACAAGGCAAGUGAAUUACGCUCAUGUCAACCACAAAAAAAUCUCCACGUUGCCAAAUCUUUUUCUUUUUUUUCUCCUAUUAUUUAUGUUGUUAUUUAUUUUAAUAUUUUUUUUAUAUAUAUCUAUACAAAUAUAAAUAUAAAGAUAGAUACCAACGGCAGCCAAACUUUAUACACGUUGAGUUCCCUUGGUCCUUUGUGCCAACUUGAAUCCCGAGGCUGAGGUGUCAACGGACGGCGUCCAUGCCGAUGCGUGCCAGAGAGACAGAACGAAUACGCUGCUAUGAUUAUCCUUUUCUCUCCCAGUCUUCUGUUAUGUUCUGUUCUAUCUGCUCGACAUGCAGUUGAACUUUGCACCCCUUAGGAAUCAGAUGCGAGUGCGAAAACUACUGUGAAGAAAUUGUCGAACGGUUAUGGCUAUGCUUCAUAAUGAUGUCUCUACCUAUGACUUGUGAAAUACCCACACGCAUAAACAACUCCUUUUAUAACCUAUUUGAAAUGUGUUAAGGCAUUUUUAAACCCUAAAAGCAGAUAACAACCCACAAGUGCUUGUAAGAGGACAACAAUGGCUCAGUCAAUCAUUCAUUUUGUCUAACGGUAAGGCUAGAGGUUGACUAGUUUGGGACGGAUUGCCAUGUGUCCAUCAAAAGGCUGUGUGAGUGUUGUGAAGGUGUUCAUUUUGAGUUACGGGGGGUGGGGGGGAUGAGAAUUUGUUGAAAUUGACCGAUCAGAGGUAAAAAAUAUAUAUAAUUUACGAGCUACAAGUGUACUGAUCAGAUCAUCAUAAAUAUCAUGAUCAAGUUGGACCAGUGUCAUCACUCUCUCUGUUGUUCUGUUCUGUUGUUCUCGUCUCAGUCAUGGUACUGCAUGAUGAAUUACCAAUACCUCUCCUUCCAGAACAGCCAACUGUUACAUCACUUUCUCUUUCUACUGCCUGUUACCAAUAGGAUUUAGGGAUGGAUGGAAACAUUCAGUUGAACGUGUUGACUGAAAAUGUCUGACUAUCUGAUGCAUGCUAUUACUACAGCUUCAGAUGGCUAAAAUGCACAGGUGUUAUUAACAGACUGGGAGCAGUAUUUUGCCUAGUAUAUACCUCACUGGCUAACUAUGUGGCAUAUCAUCCCAAUAGUCUUGAAUAUAUGACAAAUGCUUGUUAGAAUUAGCUUUAGCUCAGUCAUUAGGAGUGGGGAGACGAAUGCAUUGGCUUGGUGUCAUGUUUCCAAAGCAUUCAAAUGUUCUGUGUUUAUAUCAAUGGGACAGAGUUGAUCAUGGGAAUCGAUGAUGGCCGUCUAGAAAGAAGCUCCAUGUGGUUGCUUUCCCAAUGUCAAGGGGGAAAGGGUUCCAUACAAACUCUAUAUAGAUGGAAGGAAAUGGAAGGAGCGUUGUCUUACUUGGGUGCAGACACUUUCCAUAUCACAUUUCUACAUUCUUACAACAGUGGAAGCGAAACGUAUGGAAUAUUAUUGAAUUAUACAAUAUGACAACCUGAACGAAAGCAUUAAUAUAAAUAUAUCACAAUAAUAAUUCAGUUGAUUUGCUGAGGCAGACUGCAGGGGAUGUGUGGUAAUAUAUUCAAUAGGGUGUUAUAUAGAUUCUAGAUAUAGAUCCUAAGAUUCUAGAUAUAGAUUCUAAGAUUCUAGAUAUAGAUUCUAAAUAUAGAUCCUAAGAUUCUAGAUAUAGAUUCUAGAUAUAGAUCCUAAGAUUCUAAAUAUAGAUCCUAAGAUUCUAGAUAUAGAUCCUAAAUAUAGAUUUUAAGAUUCUAGAUCUCCUCUUGACUUAAAGCAGUGAGUGCUGUUCUGGGAAUAUGGGAGUGGAUGCUUGGAGUGGUUAGUGUAGCAAGCUAAGACUCUGUCUCAUGUCAGUAUUAGUGAGCACUUGUAAUGUUUCUUGGUAGUAUUAAGGUACUGUAUAAUGCUAUGCCACCAAGCCUAUGCAUCCCAGCUUUGUAUCAUGCUUUCUGUUUUCUUAUGUUCAAAUUAUGCCAUGUACUCACAUUUGGUGUGUGCCUGGCUUUUGUUGCACAGUGAUGCUGAAUGAAGGGGGAACCUGUCACCAACUGCCAAGGAAAUAAGGGAGCUCUUCCAAUGGGGUUCCACUGCCAUGUAGCCCAUCUUUCACUCGCUCAAGUAUUACAAAUAACCACCUUUUAGAGGUUAAACCAGUGCAGCAGCUGAAAUCACUGUUGUCUGGUGUAACAUCCUGGACCAGUCAGUUAAGGCAUUACUUUAGCAAUGGGAGGGAGUUCGGAUGCCAUGUGUUGUCAACCUGCGGUAUAGUCUUGGUCAGUGGUGGAAAAAGUACUUGAGUCAUACCUGAGUAAAAGUAAAGAUGCCUUAAUAGACAGUUACUCAAGUAAAAGUGAGUCACCCAGUAAAAUACUACUUGAGUAAAAGUAUUUGGUUUUAAAUAUACUUAAAUAUCAAAGGUAAAGUAUAAAUAAUUUCAAAUUCCCUACAUUAAGCAAACCAGACGGCAUCAUUUUCUUGCUUUUUUAAUUUACUGAUAGCCAGGGGCACACUCCAACACUCAGACAUAAUUUACAAAUUAAGCGUUUGCGUUUAGUGAGUCCGGCAGAUCAGAGGCAAUGGGGAUGACCAGGGAUGUUCUCUUGAUAAGUGUGUGAAUUGGACCAUUUUCCUGUCCUGCUAAGCAUUCAAAAUGUAACGGGUACUUUUGGGUUUUAGAGAAAAUGUAUGGAGUAAAAAGUACAUUUUACUCCACUUAAAUUCCUAAAGUUGUCAAAUAUAAAUAGUAAAGUACAGAUACCAAAAAAACUACUAAAGUAGUACUUUAAAUUAUUUUUACUUAAGGACUUUACAGCACUAUUAGACACUACCAGACAGUGUCUAAUUUAUACAUAACACAAACACUAUACUGCUGUUCAGAGAUGGUGCUCGGACGCGGAGUUCCCCAGUGUCCCAACUACAACUGGUAUAACUGUGACUAAAAUACUUUUUGAUACACAUGAAGAUGCCCUCUGAUUCAGUAUUUGUCAUCCAUGUAGUUUUAUGAUUAGCGUUGAUAUGGCUAUUCUUUGAUCUGAACUAAGAUUAUUUAAAAAAUCUUAGGGUGUGGCGAAUGGUAGGGUUCCUUGUUUAAAUCUUAUAUAGUGCCAUAAUCUAGGUAGAUUUAUACAUAGUAUAUAAAUUACAUGUAUAUCAAAUGCAAUUUUCAUAGACAGUUCAACAUUUUCACUCUGGUUUAGGGUGGUGUUCACCAAAAAUAUCUCAAAGGUGAAGGCCACUGUUGAGCUAGGACUGAAGGAUCCCCAAUAUGUUUAAGAUUUUUUUAUUUUAUAAAUAUAACAAUGUUAGAAUGAAACUGGAACACUAUACAUGCCAUUGUCUGUGUCUCAAAGAAGAAAGAAACAAAACAUGGAGACUCCCCCUUAUGGAAGGUGUCCUCAUGCAUACCCUGGGUUGUAUUCAUUAGGGCACACAAUGUAAAAUAUUUUUAAAACGUUCUGCAACAGAAAACAAAAAUGUGUGUAUCUUAUUGGACAAGUCCAUGAAGUCCCUCCCGGUUUCAGUCACUUUUCUUCCGUUUGGUGCCUCAAACACAACCCUGGUGUAGGACUUCUCUCAUGUAUGUAACAGCAGGUCGGUAUCCACUUUACUCCCUCCAACCUUGUUCACUCUCUCUUGCAAUUCUACCAAUGUGUUGUCAAGUAUAUUAAUGACAGUAAUAAAGAUGAUAUUAAUGACAAUAUUAUGAAAACA